CAGGAUAAAAUAUAAUGAAUGCUAUUUAACAAUAAUCCAGUAAAAAUGCAAUAAAUAAGUAUUAGAAUCUUGAAUGUAGAUUAUCCAGGUAUCGUCUUCCUUGCUGGUUUUCUACGGUAUCUCAGUAGCUGAACAUUCAGCAUCUCCAGUGGUGUUUAAUGCGUAGGAAGCUAAAGCAAAGAAAUGAUAGUUGUCAGCGUUGUUUAUAGCAGCAGUAGCGUUGUUAGCUGCCAAGUCCAAUGUACAGUCCAUACCAUAGCAGAUAUCUGCUGUAUUCGCAACUUGAUGUGACAACUCAUGAACCUAUUGGUGUGUAAGAUAAACACGCUCUAUUACAGUUUAGCACCAACAAUUAUACCAGCUUUCACCCAUCCUUUAUCAGCUUCAACAGUGUUACAUAUUUCAUCCAAUGAUACGUAGUUCCAAAAGUCAGUGCAAAAAUUGAUGACAUCUUGAUCCAUCGCCGAGUAGGCUAUCACGCCUUCCUCGCAGUACUGUAGCGGAUCGUUGCAGCUCUCGCGCGGUUGGCCGGCGUUGGCGUAACUUGCAUCAUAUAAGCUCAUGGCCUGUAUAGUCUCAACUGGGUUUGGCUGUUGGUUUUCAAAAUUACCGAAGUAUUUCGCUACUAAAUUUGCAUCGUUUGAAUGAUAUUUAGCGAUGGAUAGAAGUGUUUCAGCUUCAUCCAUAGCUUGGACUAGUUCAUCUUUAUGCGGAUCACAGCUCUGAUCAACAUCUGCUCGUGCCUGAUUACGAGUAGUAGUGAUCGAUGACCCAUGACGGCCGAUUUGUUUGAGGUAUGCGGCGUUAACGGCACAUGCACCCAUUUGAAUGCCGAGCAGGAUUGAUGAAAUUUUCAUUUUUAGGGUUCUCAAUAAACGUUUAGAAGAAGAUGUGAAACGAGGUCACAGCAUGUUUUGAAUCCUAGCUUACGCCCCACGAUCGUAUUAAGACAUUUUCCUUUUCCAGCUCACAAUCUUUCCUUAAUCGGGUAAUUAUGAAAAUCUGCGCAAUGACGCGCGGCAAUCCGAAACCUAAAUAAGGUUUGAUUAAAUAAGUUAAAGAUUGAUACCUAAAGAUAAAGGGAUUAUUUUGAUAAAAAUCAAGCUAGAAUUUUGAAAGUUUUAUGAAAAUGCUUUUAAGGUUUUACGGUGUAACACAAUGAUCUAGAGUUAAGGAAUUGGGGCACUCCGCAAGGUCCGUCAUACCGCAGAAAAGUUCUAAAACUUCGAUCAAGACAACUAAUAAGCUUUCGGCAAGCUAACACUUAUGGCCAACGAUGAUUCGUUGAAUUCUGAUUAAUUUAGGAUGUACUUAGACGCGGCUCAUGUUAGACCUGAUUUUAAUGCCCCUGAACCUCAUUUAGUUGGCCAUGUCUCUGAUCCGCCAAUAUAAAUCUUAUUGAUCGAAACUUUCGUUUUCUUUAUAAAAACCAUCAAGAUCUUUGAUAAAAAAUGCCGGCUAUGAGGAUGAGAGUUGAUCCAUCAACAGGAUUGAGCACAGCAAAACGCACAUGGAUUCCUAGGUUAUAUUGUGCGCUUAAGACACAUCAUUCUGGCAUCGAGUUCUGUCCAUCGGGAAAAUGUAUCAUUAUUAAUAAGACACAAUUCAUCGAGUAUCUUAAAGAGAUACAGCCCGUAAACUCAAAAUCUGGUCAGACUAGCGAUAGAUGGGAUGCAUGGCAGAGGAGUGCUGCUAAUUAUUCACUCAAAGUUGAAUCUGAAUGCACCUGUGACCCUUGCAAUCCUGUUAGAUGUUUCAGUGAUUUAUUCAUCUACACGCACCCAGACAUAAAGAGGGGCCAAUUACCACAUCCAUCACUCAUUAAAAAGAAAGUUCCAAAGAAGCAACAACAACAGCAAGCUCGUCAACUCCAAGGAAUUUCCACUGAGAGGAAGAAAAGGUCAUAUUCUGAAGCUGACACUAAAGCGCCAUUCACUGGAACUUAUUUACCAAAGAGCGAGAUCCUUGAUCAUAACCGGAGGAAGAGCACCGGAAUUUUGCCUCCACAACCAUUUUAUAUGCCUUCGAGUAGAUACCCAACACCUAGCUACUCACCAAUAGAGUAUGAAGCUAUGUUACCAACAUCUCAACAGCAGCAAUUUGACAAUUGGCUUCUAAGCGAUGUCGAUAUUUUCGAUAACUCUUUCGGAUCUGUUGGAGGUGUCGGAAAUGUUCAAAAUGUUCAAAAUGUUCAAAAUUUGCAAACUUUGCAAACUUUGCAAACUUUGUCAAUGGAUAACUCACUUGGAUUAGUACCAACGGAUAGAACUUACGGUAUAUUCCCAAAUUACACUCUUGAUAUGUCACCUCACUCUCAACCACAAGCCCAAUUACCAUACAAAGCUUAUGAAGGUACUAUGCAAGCAGCCGACGCGAUGCAACAUCUGCUAUACGAUGAGAGUUGUCGUUUUUUCGGACCAAACACGACUUCUGAUUCUUUCAACUCAAAUUACUACUAAACUUCAUUCAUUAAAAUUCGGACAUUAUUUACGAUAUUUCUAAUUCUUAUUGCGCUUUUUUAUAUUAAAUUAUCCAUGUUGUACGAACAAACAAUGUCAUGAGUAUAAAUUAAAAUAAAAGUUAAUCUUCAAUAUCCGCAAACCAUUCAUCAUUUAGAGACUCAAGGCCAUCUUUAUCAGCUUUCAUAAUUGUACGAUAAACAGAUAUAGUUUGACUAGUUGAUGGUGCGCUUAUCCAAAUUUUGCCAUUCAUUGCUGUUGCUAAUUCAAAGGGGAAACCGAAACCUUGCAUGAGUGUGUUCAUAAAUGGACUAUUUUUCUCUAAAAGUGAUUUACACUUAUUUAUAUCAAGGUUAUCAGCCAGUAUACCUCCUUUGAGUUCACCAUAUCCUUCUGCUUUCCCUGUAGUUGGGUUGAGACAUUCCAACUCUGUUUCCAUAUCCUUAUGUGCAAGACUUAUACGAGCGUAUACGAGUGAACCAACCUUUAGAUUUGGCUUGUUACGUUUUGUUGCACCUUCGAAAGCGAGUGCGUCGAGGUUGGCGGUUGUAGCGGUACCUAUGUCAACUCUAUAACCUUCUGAUCCUCUAAAUAUCACUUGUCCGAUUACGCUAUCACCCGUUCUUGCUAAAUAUCUCCGCUGUUGUGCUACGUUUACUGUAUAUUUCUCGGACUUCUUAGGACCAUCUAUAUCCAUUGAAUCAACGUUUUUUGAUGUACUGCUAGUGAGAACACCAGAACGGGUGCUGAUUGAACCAGAUUUAAGUGUGGAGUGUAUACCAUUCACCGCACUAGCUGAUGUACUUGGUACAUUUAUACUGUC